AUGGAGGUAAAACUGGUCUAUCGUGCUCUUCGCAAGUUGUCGGACUGGGCUUUGACUUUCUACUCGGAGAUAGACGUUCAGGGCGGUGAGAACGUGCCUGUGGGUGGUCCUCUCAUUGUCGUGUCGUGCCACCACAAUGAGAUACUAGAUAUCGCAACGCUCGCCGUCACUAUUCCCCAUCGACGGCCUCUCUGUUUUUGGGCAAAAUCCACGCUUUUCAAGAGCCUCAUCACACGCGCGAUCCUCACAUCGUCUGGGAGCAUCCCCGUGCAUCGCAAUCCGAACAGCGGCGCCGCGCCCGAGGGUUACAAGGCCGGCGGCAAUGGGCACAAUAGCACCAACGACUUCCACCAGGCACUCUUCCUCGAGACUUUCCGCGCUCUCGAUGCGGGAGAGGCCAUCGGUGUCUUUCCUGAGGGCACUAGCUACACUCAGCCGCGGAUCGUACAGGUUAAGGAGGGCGCAGCAAGGGCCGCCUUGGAAUACGUCCGGUGGCAGCGCGAUCACGCACGUUCAUCGACGACCACCAACGGCAGAAAGUUGCUCAUUGUCCCUGUAGGAAUCGUUCACACUGACAAGUCGCAGUAUCAGAGCAGGGUGCCGAACCGCAGGUGGGGAACUCCGAUCGAUGUCGCCGCGCACGCCGGAAGGUAUCUCGCUGAAGACACGGGAGAUCCUCGUGAUGUCGUUAAGGCCCUAUCGAAGGAGAUUGAGCAGCGGAUGGUACAGCUGUCUGUAAACGCCCCGGACUGGGACUCGCUGUAUGCGGCCAGGAUGGCCAGAGAUAUCCUCUGGGGCGAUGAACGGAACAUCCCUCUCCGCGAAUUCCCCGCUGUGACACAGAGCCUCGUCGACGUACUGUCGAAGACGAAUGGCGACUCACCUUCCCGGAGCGACGUCAUACAAGCACUUCUUCGCUACCACUCCCUCCUCCACUACACAUCGAUAACGCAUAGCUGCCUCACUGCCAUCGUUGCUGGUUCCGGCAGGUCGCUGGUCCCUACCAGCCGUGCUGCACUUGCUGUCUUUCUCCGCGAGUUAUCGGUCACGUUCCUGCACCCACGGUUCAUCAUCUUCCUCCCUAUAUUCGUUCUGCACAUACCUGCAUACGUCGCCGCGCUCACCUUGAAGCGAGCGCUCGCUAGUCCGCGGGAAGAGGAGACAUAUGCACAGUUUAAAGCUGUCGGUGGCGUGCUCGGAGCUACUGGAGCGUAUGCCUUGGUAGCUAAGGCUAUGCUGCGCCCUCUCGCGUCGUGCAUAGGACGUUACAAUACACUACUAAAGCGUCUCAUUGCAUCGUACAAAAUCCUCGUCGGUCUGCUCUCGUCGCAGUCGGCCUCCCUUAGUGAAGAAGCACUUGCGCCAUAUACGGUUCCCCCACGGCCAGCUGCCAAUCCAUUCAUCAAGACUGUUCCAAAUUCCGUGAAUGAAGAGACAAGCGGACCCGCAGACGUCCUCGCACCGCCACUGCGGAAGCUUAUUCGCCCAUUGCUCGCGGCAAGGGCGCAGGCGACGCUUGCUCUCACAGAGUUCUUCAUGGCUUCCAACAAGCCGCGCACGUUACAUCCCCUCUUAAAUGUGCGGGUGAAGGAGCUUCUUGCACGAGAGCGAGGAGAAGGGAGAGAUUGA